CAAUUACAUGCGCCGUUUAAAUUUACAGAAGACAGAAAACAUGGCUGCGGACAUGAGAUUACCAACUUUUCGGAAACAAGUAUCGUUAUCACCCUCCCUGUCCGCUUUGGAUGGGAAAGAUCUCGUUGUGCCCGGUGAUGUGAUUACAUCAGAUACAGGGUUUAUGAGGGGUCAUGGGACUUACAUGGAUGAAGAAAAACUAACAGCCUCUGUGGCAGGAGAGGUGGAGAGGGUGAAUAAGCUUGUCUGUGUACGGCCGCUCAGGACCAGGUUCAAUGGGGAGGUUGGAGAUGUGGUGGUCGGAAGGAUCACAGAGGUGCAACAGAAGCGCUGGAAGGUGGAGACCAACUCCAGACUGGACUCUGUGUUGUUGCUGUCUUCUGUCAAUCUGCCCGGAGGAGAGCUGAGGAGACGGUCAGCAGAAGAUGAGCUCACCAUGAGAGACUACCUUCAGGAGGGGGACCUCAUCAGUGCAGAGGUACAGUCUGUUUUCUCAGAUGGAGCACUCUCUCUUCACACCCGCAGUUUAAAGUACGGAAAGCUGGGGCAAGGAGUUCUUGUGCAGCUAUCUCCCUCUCUCAUCAAGAGACAGAAAACCCACUUCCACAACCUGCCGUGUGGGGCCUCCAUCAUCCUGGGCAACAAUGGCUUUGUGUGGCUGUACCCUGCCCCAGGACAGCAGGACGAGGAGGCUGGAGGAUACUACACCAGUCUGGAGCCGGUCUCUCUCUCUGAUCGGGAGGUGAUCUCGCGGUUAAGGAACUGCUUGCUGGCCUUGGGGGCACACAAGGUGCUGCUGUAUGACACCAGUGUGCUUUACUGUUACGAGUCAUCACUCCCACACCAGAUCAAGGAUAUCUUAAAACCGGAGGUGAUGGAGGAGAUUGUGAUGGUGACGCGUCAGAAACUGGUGGAACAGGAGGGUUAAGAGUAUGUAGAUGCAACCUUUCUGUAACCUUGUCACAAUGGAAGGUUGGUGUUCCCUGCAUUCCAAGUCUAGGCACCAAGGCCUUAACUGUGUUAGGGACUGAACCCCCGCCCAAGGUCUGCACUCUCAACCAGAAGAUACCCGGGUCGUUCCACAAAAAGCGCCUUUUGUGUCCCUUUGAUAUUUUAAGUAGAAAUUGUACACCGAUAUUGCAUUUGAAUUGUUAUAUUAAAUGAAGUGAUCUUUAAUAAAGACCACAUGGAGCAUUCAAUAAAUCAGAUGUUUUUUUAAUAUGAAUAAAGGCUUGCUAAAGUGUAAACAUGC